AUGAAUUCCCGCGUCUCCGACAUCACAUGGUCGGCCCGGAGCUUUGAUGCCGACAGCAGCUCAGAACCAGACGAGCCCCGUGAAGGAGCCAGGUCUUUGGGGCGAGCUGAAGUGCUGCCUCAGACGCUGCUGUCUCCCAGGGCGGCUAUUGGAAGAGGAUCGCUCAAGGUGACGGUGACGCUAACCGGCUGGAGUCACCGCCGCGGUUGCAUCUCCAUCCCCCCUUCCCCUCCCUUCGCUCGCUGA